UCCAACAGGCACAUCCAAAUCGACCUGUAAAGCCCUCUAAGGGUUCCAAAUUGACCUUAGCGGGAAACCAGUCGAUGUGAGGUUUGCACUAAUUUUCGAUAUGGACACGGAGGAAAAGGAAAGAAAACAGCUAGAGAAAGAGACAAAGAAGGGAAAAACACUGUGGAACAAUCACAAGUGGAACCGACAUGUGGAAGUAGACAACAACCCGUGUUUGGAGGAAUCAAAAUCCUCAUUGCAGUGUAUAGAGGAGCAUUACAGCAAGAGAGAACUCUGCAACAGUCACUUUGAAGCUUACAAGACUUGUAAGAAGUAUUGGCAUGCUGUUAUGAGGGAAAGGAUACGACGUGGGAUCAAACCCCCAAUGCCGACACAUGAUGAGAGAGAAAAAAUGAAAAAAGAACUUGGCAUAAGCUUUGUUGUGUCUUAGUGGUUGAGUGGUUGAUCUAAUUCCUGUAGGGUAAGAAGAUGUACAGAUGCAUCUAAGAUAAUUAUUCUGUUGUAACUUUGUAACUUUGAUUCAUAAAUCAUAAUACUACCUUGACAAUUAACAUUUUACCUGUAAAUAGUAUUAUUUGAACUUCAAUGCAGAGCCAAAUAUCCAUGAACCAGUGUACAAAUGUAGUUUAAGAAAUCCAAUGUUAUUUUUAAAACAUGAAAGUGCAAGCCCAUCGGCAAAGCCUCUUUCCCCCAAAUGAUGGCUACUAGUAUUUCCAUUUUAUUCUGUGACAAAUUAUACUGCCCAGACAGAGCAGUCAACUUAUGAAAAUUAUCAUCCCUGUGCAUACAUGUUGUUGUACUUCUCUACAGCAGAAUUUGGACAGGGGAUCUUUUCUGUAUGGUUCUUUAAAGGCAAGAAUCAUUAACUCAGGGUGUAAAUUCAAGAGAGAAUAAUAAUGCAAGAGUACUAGAAAACACAAUGCUUGCAAUGUCUCCAUGUUUCAAAGACUACUUGCCAUCAUUUCAAUGGGAAACAUAAGUGUUUGGAAAAACUUUUAAAAGUGAUGCUGUGAAAGUGUGUUCAAUAAUAGAAUAUAACUUGGAAGAGGGGUCUUUUCCACAGAAUAUCUCACAUUGUGUCAUAUUGAUUUGGGUAUAGUUCAAUAUUUACAAGCACACAGCAAGCGUUUGUUCCAAAUGAUGCUGCACGUGAUAAGGCUUGCCCAUAGAUAUUUAUGUUUGGUCUGUGGAACAAAGCUGUGGAGCAGGUGCACUGAGUCUACAUGUACUUCUGACAAGUUGGAAUAUAUGUAACAACUGACUAUCAUUGCAUAAUGUGUUUGGUGUUUUGGACUAACCUUGGGAGAUUGGCAGCCAUCUGUUAUGACUUUGUACCAUUUCUUUAACAGCUGUCAGGAAAUAGAAGUUAUCACAGUUCCAUACUGUCCUUGAACACUUCCUUACAAUGCAUCUGUUUUUGACUAAAAUACUACUUCAAGUUCAAUAAAAAAUGUUAAACUUUUUUUGACUAAAAUACUACUUCAAGUUCAAUAAAAAAAUUUUAAACCUUGCUUA